UGGUCGUUCGUGGUCGCCUGCUUGUGGGAACUAUUAAAUAAAAAAAGUAGAAUAAAAGGAAUCCAAUUUAUUCAACGGAGUCAAACGGGGUUUAGAAAAGAAGAGUUAUAUUGAUUUAUUCUAUAAAUAAAUCGGUUUUGAAUAAUCACAAAAUGAUUUUUGCUUCUGCUUUGCAAAGAGUUCCAAUAACAUGUGGCAAAUCAUAUUUUCGAACUAUUAGUAAAAGUUCCUCCGAUAAAUCUAUAAAUAUUAACGUGAUGAAAGAAAAUGACAUGCCAAUCCAAAUUAAAAAUCCUUAUGUGAAAGAAAAGCAAGAGUGUAUUCUUUGUAGAUUAGACAUUGAACCAGAUUAUAAAAAUGUGAGGUUACUUUCACAAUUUCAAAGUCGAUAUACAGGCAGGAUAUAUGGAAGACACAUAACUGGAUUGUGUAAACAUAAACAGAUGAGAUUAGAACAAGAAAUUGCAAAAGCUCAAAGUGCAGGUUUAAUGGGUUACUGGACCAAAGAACCAGAAUAUGUUAAAGAUCCAAAAUUGUUUGAUCCAAAUCAUCCAUUCAGACCACAUAAAUAUUAAACAAGCAUUAAUACAGUAUAUACAUAUGUGUGUUAUAUACAAACAUUUGAUAAAUAAGACAAUUAUAAUUACGUAGCAUCAACAAACUGCCUUAUACAAGUAAAAAAAUGUAUAUUUAUGUUGAAUUAAAUCUUUAUGUCCAAUAAAGUGUGUAAUUAUUCAUAGCAAACAAGUUAUUCUGCAGUACU